AUGAAGAGGCAAGAUCUUAGUACUACUAAUUAUUUUAGUGACUUCGUUCAGAAUAUUGCCGGUUAUUUUUGUCCUAACUCAAGACCAACCCAAGGAAUUCAUCGCACGGCAACUCUUCCACUUUCAUCUUCGUUAUCACAAGGAAUUUCUAGCAUCCCCAAACAAGAAACAUCAUUGUUAUUUGGUAUCGCUUUUGAUCGUCGGUUGGAAAAAUUAAAAGAACAAUAUGCUGAACAACCUGUUGUACAGACUCAAAACAGUGACAGUACAUUGAAAAGACAAGACGCAGGAACUCUCUUAAGAGAAAAACCAGAAGAACAAUUUGAACGACCAAAAGAAGUUACUAAACGAAAAGUAGAAGAGGUUUCUACAAAAACAGAAGAUAAAACAACAAAGAAGGUUGUUGAACGUAAACCUGAUACUGACUCUGCAAGAAUUAGACAAACAAUUGCUAAGUUACGUGAAAUAAAUUUUGAAGAUAUUGUUCAAUGUUUAAAUGAUAGGAAAGAACGUUUAAUGAACAAGGACAGUGUUAAAGGAUUUAAUCACCUCAAUUCAAAUACAAAUGACGAAAAAGUUCUUAAAGCAAGUAUUAGUUCAUUAUUACUAAGUUCUUCUUCUGAGGAAGAAGAAUUAGUUCCAUUAGGAAAGAAAGAUAAAACAAAAAAAGAUGAGGAACAAAAUGAAGAAAGAAAAAAAUUUAAAAAACCUCUUAAGAGAACCUUUAAAGUUUCUUCUCCACAAAAGAAAGUAGUAGAUUUAAAUAAUUCUUUAAGAUCUGUUAAUGAGAAAGGUGAUAAUCUUUUAUCCUUUGAUAUCAAUGAUUCAAACAAAACUGUCAAAGAACAACUUCAUCAUUUAGAUUCUAAUACUAAAAACUCUUCUCUUUCAUUUACUUUACCAUUAGAUUCUAGUUUAUCUCAAAAGAAAACAGACCAAGCAAACCAAUUGGAUCUUGGUUUUAAGAUAGAUAAACAGUCUAAUACUACAGAAGAACCCAAAAGCUCUUCUUUUGAUAUAAAACCAAGUCCUUCAUUUUCACUCUUUGGUGACACUGCUAGUGAUACUAAAAAGAGUACUACUCAGCCAAUAGGUACAACCCUCCCAGAGGAAAAAAAACCAGAAGUUAAUUUUUCUGGUUUAACAGAAAAACCAUUAGAUGCACCACCACCCUUCUCUCUCAAUGGAUUUUCAUUUAGUAACUCAACAGAGAAGCAAAAAGAUACAUUUACUGGUAAGACUUCAUUAAGUGAUAAACCAAAAAGUACAGAAACAAAUACAGAAAAGCAAACUACAACUACAUUAACUACAAACACAGAUAAAACUACAAGUACAACUGUUGAACAGACAAAUACUAAUAUGUUUUCAAAUACUAAUUUUUCAUUUAAUAUAUCAGAUGAUAAACAAAACCCUAAUACCAAUGUCUCAAUCAAUAAAAAUAAUGAUCAACAAAAAACAACACAAAAUAACCUUUCUGAAACAACACCUAGUACUACAGAUAAAUCAGGAAGUAAUAUGUUUUCUAUUCAAGAAUUAUCAUUUAAAACACCUACUGAAAAAAGUACAACAAAUUUAUCUACACAACCAGCAACUACAAACCCUGACAAAUUAACGAACAGCCCAUUUUCUCUUGGUGGGACUUCAUUUGGUUUAUUAAAUGAAAAACCUAAAUCUAAUUUAACUCAAGAAUCUUCAACAGAAAAACCAAAAGAAUCAAAUACAAAUAUAGAGACCCCAUUAUCUAAUCCAUUUUCUCUUAAUGGGUUCUCAUUUGGUAUUUCAACUGAUAAACAAAAAGAUACAUUAAUUAAUAGUACUUCAUUAACUGACCAAUCAAAAACUAUUACAUCAACUACACCAGCACCAACUUUCGACAAACUAAUAAAUACAAGUAAUGAUCAAUCAAAACCAACUACAGUAAAUUCAGAUAAUAAUAAAUCAGAUAAUUCUACAACUGCUCCAACUCUAAAUACUAACCAAUCAAAAACUACUACAACAACAAAAAGUUCUGAACAAUCAAAAACUAAUAAUAACACUUUUGCCACUACAGAUUUUUCACUUAAUACUUCAAAUGAUAAAACAAGUGUUGAUCCAUUUGCUGCAUUCAAUUCAUCUACUGCAACAAAUAACCAACCACUAGGAAGUUCUUUAUUUAGUUUUGGUGUUAAUAACAACAAAUCAGCAACAAACACACAAACAACAAACAGUUCAAUUGUUUCAACAGAAAAUUCUGCAAAAGGUUCCAAUACAACAGUAAUGCAAACACCUAAUUUGAAAGUCCAAAAUGAACCUGGUUUAGAACCUCAAAAACAAGUCACACCACCUGCAUUUGUUUUUGGAGAUUUUGGAACAAAUGAAAAAACUACUCCUUCUUUUAAUCAAUCUAAUCCAGGUAUGAUUGAACUUCCAAAUAUUCAACAGGCACCUUCUUCAAAUAUUCAAGGACCAACAACUAAUUUUGGUCUUGGAACUAUAUUGACAAAAAACCAGAAAAUGUAA